CUCUACGGUUCAUUCAGUAGUAAUAAGGAGGCUGAUGUACGUCUGUGGCGCACUGACGCACAGAGUUCAGAACCAAAACAAGCUUUAAGCCUUUACACGCACUCAGCGGAGGGACACACUUUGGAGUAUACACACGGCGGGACGCCUGCUGACCUGAACGACGCGCAGCUGUGGAUAUUCUGGUCUUCCCUCAGCUUCAGGAUAACUUUGAGAUUUGGGAACGGUUCCUCUGGACCAUUUUGACGCACGACAACGAGGAGCUAUUGGAGGAUUUAUGUGUUUUUUAGAUUUUCCUUUUUGCCCCCAUAAAAGAAAUAAUUUCCUUGGGUGUAAAUAACUGGGAGUAAAGAGGUUUUGUUGGUUCUGUUGGCUGGUGACACGGCUGCCCUGGAGAAAUGAGAAGGAUGGCAGCCUGGUUCACCUUUACCAUCGCGUUCAGCACCACGUUAGUAUUACAGGUAUUAGGGUCGGGAGUUUUUGAGCUGGAUCUCCACGAAUUUAAAAACCACAAAGGUUUGCUGGCAAACGGGAACGCUUGCAAACCCAGCUGCAGGACUUAUUUUAAAAUUUGCCUAAAAAACUACCAGGCUGUGGUGUCGCCAGGUGACUGCAUCUUUGGGAGUACGGAGACACCGGUGCUGGGGACGAACUCUUUCAGCGCCAAGGACAGCGCCACUUUACAAAGACCCAUUCAAAUACCCUUCAAGUUCGGAUGGCCGGGGUCGUUUUCAUUAAUUAUUGAGGCCUGGCAUUCACCUUAUGGAAAUCUACCUGUAGAUACCCACAAUCCUGACUUUAUGAUCAGCCUUUUUGCCAUCCAAAGACAACUUGCCGUAGGUACUGACUGGUCCCAGGACACACAAAUCGAGAAGCAAACAGAGCUCAGAUAUUCCUAUCGGUUCAUCUGCAAUGAGAGCUACUAUGGGGACAGUUGUUCUAAGAAGUGCACACCGAGGGAUGACCGCUUUGGGCACUACACCUGCACCCGAGAUGGACAGUUGUCCUGCCUUCCUGGCUGGAAAGGGAAAUACUGUGAAGAACCUAUCUGCCUUGAGGGGUGCAGUGAGAGGAAUGGGAACUGCUCCAAACCUGGGGAAUGUGUAUGCAGAGAAGGUUGGCAGGGGACAUUUUGCGAUGAAUGCAGGAAGUACCCAGCCUGUAAGCAUGGUACCUGCCAGCUACCUUGGCAGUGCAACUGCCAGGAAGGCUGGGGAGGCCUAUUAUGUGACCAAGACCUGAACUUUUGCACCCAUCAUCAUCCCUGUUUGAACGGCGCCACCUGCAUGAAUACAGGUCAAGGGAGUUACACAUGCACAUGCUUGCCAGGAUUCACUGGAGAUAACUGUCAUCUGGAGAUGAAAGUGUGCGACAGCAACCCCUGUAGGAAUGGAGGCAUAUGCACUAAUUUGGAGACCGGCUACAUGUGCAAAUGCCCCCAAGGUUUCGAGGGCACCCACUGCGAGCACAACCUGCUAACAUGCGCUGACUCCCCGUGCUUCCAUGGUGGCAAAUGCUGGGAGAAAGACAAUGGCCGAAGCUACAUGUGUGAGUGUCUUCAUGGCUACACCGGACUCAACUGUGAGAAGAGAGUGGACAAGUGCACGUCGCUUCCCUGCGCUAAUGGUGGUCUGUGUAUGCUCCAAGGUGGCAUGCGCUUUUGUAGCUGCCGUGCAGGAUUCACUGGACAGCGCUGCGAGAUCAACAUCAACGAAUGUGCCGGGAACCCAUGCCUUAACGGAGGAACCUGCCAAGACCGAAUAAAUGACUAUGCCUGCAUUUGCCCAGCAGGUUACAGCGGACGCAAAUGUGACAGAAUUGUGGAUGAGUGUUUUGUAAGGCCCUGUCUCAACGGAGGCGUUUGCACCGGAGGUAGUGGCCCAGGGAAGAGUCAGGCAGCCUGCACCUGUCCUCCUGGCUACACUGGACCUCGGUGUGAAUCCUUCGCUACAAUUGAGCCUACAGGUGAAGACGGCUUCCAGUGGGCCGCAGUCUCUCUGGCUGUGGGUCUUGUGGCGCUGCUGGUGCUGCUCUGCAUGGUGGGCUUUGCUUUGAGGCACAUCUACCGGCAGGCACGGGACCGAGGUGCAGAAACAGAGACUAUGAACAACCUUUCGAAGGUGCAGAGCGAUAACUUGAUCCCAGCAUCGCAGCUGAAAAACACCAAUCAGAAACUCAGCCUGGAGGUGGACUGUGACACAGAGAAAUCAAACUUUAUCCAAAAAAACUAUCACUUGGACUCUUACAACUCGAAAACAAAAGAAUUUAAGGAUGAAAAAUCACAAGAAGAUAAAAGUCUUAUUUAUGACAAGACUUUAGAAGAUAAAACGCCUUUGAGUAGAAAGUACAGUGAAAAGCCAGAGUGUAGGAUAUCAACAAUAUGUUCCUCAAGAGACUCCAUGUACCAGUCGGUAUUUGUUAUAGCAGAGGAGCGGAGGGAAUGCGUCAUAGCAACUGAGGUAUAAACUGUGAGAGGUCAGAGUUUUGGACGCAUGACUGAGACACAAUCGAGGCAGAAUGUAAUAUUCUGGAUUGUUUACAAAUUGCUGAGAGGAGUCCGGGGAUUGUUUUAGAUGCUCGCCACUUCUCUGGAACACUGAGGAACUAUAGAGGGCCGAGACGUUUGGCCUAAAAUAAAAAGUCGAAACACAGCAGGAGGAGGACGGAGCUGAAAAAUCUAAUGUUGACCGAGUGUUUGUAUGCAAAGCGUGUACAAUGAAGGACCUUUCCAAAUGGAUGGAAGGCAAAUCAGACUGACCAGCUGUGGUUUGAAGAUGGACAAAGCAUCUGGGAAAUGCUCAGUUAGAGUAUUUGCCAGCCUGGACAGCUAAAGGAGAAGAAAGGUGGAUGUUUGCCCCUCUCAUAACUGACCCGGCCUUGUUUGAUAAUCAUAAUGACUUUGAAAGCCAACCAACCAAUCAGAAUAAAGGUGCCUAAGAUCUGACUCCCCCCAAAUCACCCCGACUUCCCGUUCCUCCCUCCCCAAUAAUCACUCCCGCCAGCUUUGCCUGCUAUGCAAGACUCAGGAUCGAAAGGAGUGAACUCACCCGCUGUCCCAGUCCAACUUCAACAACAAUGAUAGCUACGAAUAUGCGAAAAUAUCCCUCAGCUGUUCGUGACGUUGGGGAAAAAAAGACUAGUUGGAUUCGGUCAGCACAUGGGUGGAGAUUGUAUGCAGCCCAAAUUCACUUCAGAAGCCUUAAAAGAGGGGGUUUCAAUGCUAAAUUGGCACCCUUGUCUGUUCAUUUGCACUACCAUAUAAAACAAGAACGUAAAAAAAA